AUAACGUGGGCAUUCUUAACCGGACUCGACUGUAUAGUUUGGAAUUUGGGCAUAUCGUGGUCAAUCAAUAUCUUUCUAGUAAACACUAAACAAUCUUCAAAAUCUCCAUCAUAUCACCUUUCUUGCCAAAAAAGAAAAAAAACCAUCUUAAAUCUUAGAACCAAAUAUUGUCAUAUGAAGUCCAAACUUGGCUCAACCCUCUCAGAAUCCACAGUUACCCAGUUCGGAAUUGAAACAAAGGAAAGGCAAUGUUCAUUUAUGGACAAGAUGGAUAUCAAUGGAAAGAAUUGUCAUUUCCAUGAAAGGCAGCCUUCAAGGUGUUCUAAAAAUGUCAAUGAAAACAAGAGCUCCACUGAAAAAGAUGUUCACAAUUCUUAUAUAAACCAUGCUGAAAUAGAUUGGCAUGAGAGGAGAAGGGCGUGGAUUGGUGAUCGAUCUCAAAGAUCGCUGAUAAUGCCUAGAGAACCAAUUGUGAGCUGGACCACAGCUUAUGAGGAUCUGCUUUUAUCUACUGAAGCUUUUCACCAGCCAAUACCAUUAGCUGAGAUGGUGGAUUUUUUGGUUGAUAUUUGGUAUGAAGAAGGCCUCUAUGACUGAAUUGGAGUGAAAAUUAAGCCGCAGUGACAUUGUGCAGUUACAUUUGUGGAUGCUUAUGACUAAGAGGCAAACCUCCAGAUUUAUAGAAUGAUAAUUAAGAGUGUAGUCUGUUCUCUUUUUCUUGAUUGCAUAAACAAGAGGAGCCUCACUGACAAUUUGAUCUAGCUUCUAGUGCAUUUUAGACUCUCAUUAACUUUGUAUUGUUCCCACUUCCCAUAUACAGGUAAACAUUUGUGUAAUUGUAUUUAACCUGUUAAGAUGUAGAGUAGAUUGAUUAUUCCAGAUUUAUAGAAUGAUUUUCUGACAGUUGUCAGUUCUAAGUGGGCAA